AUGGCAUCAAGCCCAAUAAAGUGUGUAAUAGAAGCUCCAAACGACCCGAACUCUCCUCCAAUUGGAAUUUAUGGCCAUACUCUCUGUUAUGGAGAGAACAAAAUGUACCUCAUUGGAGGGUGGGUAGAGGCAGAGAAGAAGUACAACGACACUGUUUAUGUCUUUGAUUUCACUAAACUCACAUGGGAGAGAAAGAACCCCGACCAAUCCAACGUGAGUUUAGGAAGAAGUUAUCACACUGCAACAUAUUAUGAAAAGAACAUUUAUAUAGUUGGCGGGUUACGGUAUGAGACUAUCAUAGACACUAUCGACGUUCUUGAUGUGACUACAUACAAACUGUCACACCUCAAACUCCCGAAGAAAGUCCAGAAGUACUUCCAUUCAACUGUUUUGUUUGGCGAUUCGUUAUACAUAUACGGAGGAAGAACUCGUUCAAAGAGAGAUAAAGAUGUUGAGGUCUUCUCGAAAGAAUUCUUCAGACUUGAAAUUCCAAGACUCUUGUUGAACCCUUUGUCCUCUGCACAAGAGACGGACUUGAUGCAAGAGAAACAUGGCUCAUUCCUUACAGCGGGUGGUGAUAUGUAUGUGGUUGGUGGAUUUACAAGUAAAGCAGAGACACAAUUGAUGAAGAGAUAUAACAUUGGUGGGUCGUCUUGGGUUGCUUCUACUGCUCGACUUGAGAUACCAAAGAACGAACUCCGCUUUGCUUAUUUCAAAAAUGAGGAUUUUGCUGUUUCUGUUGGAGGAAACAAAGGAGAAGAAACCAUCAAUGACAUUCAUAUGGCAAAGAAGAUGAAUAACCAAAUGUGUAUCUUCUCGUACACUCCAGACAGUGAUUUGCUGAAAGAAAAGACUUGGGGAAAUGCAGUCUUGGCGUUUUCAUUGAACAACAAGAACUCUUUUAUGGUGAGUAUUGGUGGUAUUAACACCACUCACAGAAUGCUCAUCUGCUCUGUGAGUUCGUCAAGUUUCAAGUUUGAGGACAUGAAGGCUGUUUCUGAAGAUGAAGUAAAAAUAGAGUCUAAAGUUAGAGUCGAGUCUUCGUUGUAUUCUUUCCUUGCCGACAAUAAGUUGACGUGCUUACUCAAACAACUCUUUGAGGCGGGUUACAAAACAAAGGAAGAGUUAUGUAGAGUAGGAAGGUAUGAGUUAGAUAAAGCUGGGUUUAAGCCAGGGUUUGCUCGGCAAUUAGUUGAUGCUAUUGCAAGGGACAAUUCAUCACAUUCGACUACAAUGAAAUUGCAUGGUGAAUUUAAGUACUUAACUGGAUGUGAAACGCAACAAAUGAUUGGGCACGGAUCAUUCGGUAUGGUGUACAAAGGCACAUGGCUUGGAACCACUGCAGUUGCGAUGAAAGAGAUUCAGAAGAUGUCCGACGACCCCGCCAAAAUAGCAGAAUUAGAGAAAGAGGCGUCAGUCACACAGAUGAUGAAGCAUCCAAAUUUGAUUACGAUGUAUGGGCUCUUUAAAAGUGACGAUUCCAUAUUCAUGGUGUUAGAUUUGUGUAAUGGAUCUGUCGAUGAUCUGUUGCAUAAAACUCCAAAGGCGGUGACAUACAAACAACGUGUAAAAAUGUGUGUUGAUGUAGCCACUGGGAUGUCCUAUCUUGCGUCACUUAAAGUGGUCCACAGAGAUUUGGCUGCACGUAAUUUGUUGUAUUUGAAUGAUGUUGGAGGACAAUAUAUCACUCGUGUGGGCGAUUUGGGUCUAUCAAGACAAACAGCUUCGGGUAACUACGAGAGUAGCACUGCUGAACCGAAAUACCCAAAGAAGUGGACACCACCCGAAAUUGCUCAACCAGGCGAAUUCCAUUUCAAGUUCUCGACUACUUCAGAUAUCUGGUCAUAUGGUGUCACCCUAUGGGAAAUCUUCAGUGACGCCGCAACACCAUACUCUUCCGUUGGAAACCAAGAAAUCAUGCAGAAAACAUUUGAAGGUUUGAGACUCGAAGAACCAAAGAUGCUUUCAGAGGCAGAAGAAAAACAUGGUCAUGAAAUUUGGCAGACGGCAUUCAAGUGCUUCAAUAAAAUACCUUCACAACGACCAAGAUUCAAAGAUUUGUACAAGGAUUUGAAAUCAAUACUUGAUGUCCUGCCAGACGAAGAAGCUGUAGUCGAAAAAGUCGAGGAAGAAGUUGAAGACGACAAAUACGAGUAA